AUGCGAGGCCUCAGCUGCGUGGUGCCCGGUGGCCCGAGGAAAGCCACGCAGGUCAAGGAAGCUGCUCAGGGUUUGGGACCCGAGGGCAGGGCCGGGUGUAUGGAGGAUCCAGUGUUAGAAGAAACAGGAACGGAGGAGGGUAGUGGGUUCACCUUCAACGAGUGCUUUUACGGCCGCGUAGCCGACGUGGAGACCCAGUGUCGUUCCCAAUCCAAACGUUGGGUGCUUGGCGUUAGGAGCGGGGAGAAGGCAAGGCGGCAAGCCGAGAACCUCCCCAGUGGUCAGCCUGCAGACGCCGUCCUGUGCGGCGCCACUCAGAGCGCACAACCGCGGCCCCACCUGGCCUCAGGCCACCUGCCGCUCCAGGACCCGGGACCAGGGCACGGGGCCUGCCGCCCGCCCCCUCUGGGGCUCUGGGCGGGCCGAGGACUUCCUCUGUGGAGGGUUGAGUCAGGGAACCAUCCGGGCUCCGGACAGGACCAGCGGGCCCUGGUGGCACUCAGGAAACGUUUGACGGGACGUCUGGCCAGGCAGCACGUGGAGGCCGUGCGUAGACUGGGGGAGCCCUGGAGUUGGCCUGUUGCCGGAUUGCAGUCCGACCUGGCCCCGUGGGCAGCACAGCCCAGGCCCCGUCCCCUGGCCGCAUCCCAUCUCUCGCCAUGUGUAGGCAAGCAGAGUGACUGCCGUGUCACAUUGGCGAGUCCAGCCUGGGGCCGGUCUCAGAAUCAAGAAGAACAGCCUGCUGGGCAGGAGACGGUGUGCUCAGCCCCACCCGCUGCUGGCUGCUGCACCCCAGCCCGGGCACCUCCUUCCCGAUGACGACAGUUGACAAAACCGACCUGUCCAGAGCAUGGCUCUGUUUCACCAGAAGUUUCUUUCUCCCUAGUCUGGCCGAAGUGAGCUCCGAAGUGGACUCGCCCAGGCCAUGUGCGCGUAUGUGUGUGUGUGUGUGUGUGUGUGUGUGUGUGUGUGUGCUGUCCCGGGGGAGCGUCAGGGCUGAGUGCCAGGCAUGUUCCCAACCUCCGGGCUCCCCCAGGCCCCCCUCCGCGGUGAUCCAGGGCCUCUGAGCAGCUCUGGACCCCAGGUGUGGGCGGUGCCAGCCCUGCUGAGGUCACACGUGGGACCAGGGGCCCGGGGAUUUGGUGUCACUGGGAAGGAAGCUGGGGGCUGAGAUGGGGCAGGCCAAGUGGGCAGAGCCCCUGGAGAGUGGACAGGAAGCUGGGCAUCGGAUGCCCGCCUCUGUCUCAGGGUCUCAGAAAGCCCAUGAGGCACUUCAGGGUGGGUCCCACUCCCUGGGCUGCCACGGGGACGCUGGAGCCAGCAAGGGCAGGCUGGACCAGGAAGAGUGGGGGGUCCCGGCCAGCUCUGCCCCCCAGUUCUGAGGCCUGGAGUUAGCCCCUCCUCCCUUCAAACUGUGACUCUGACCCUCCAGGUCCUGGGGGACCCAUGGCCACAGAUUUGUGGGACCCCCUCCUGUGGAGCAGGGUCUCUGACACCCACCUGAGGCUCAUGUGUGAGCCGUGGGGUCAGCAAGGUGACCGCCGGCCCCCCAGGCCUGUCACGGGGGCCACCCUCUUGCCAGGAUUUGCUCUUAUCCUGAGGGCCACAGAACGAGCCCCACUGCCCCGUGGAAGCCAGGCCGUGAGAAUGCCCAGGCCACGUGCAGGGACCAUGUGGGGCACUUAGGGGACGGCCAGAGUCCCCCACCACGCUGGGCGUGAUUCUGGCCCGAACAUCUGCACCCCAGCUGCCCUUCCCGCCAGGACCGUGGCUCUGGAGCAGGGCCGGCCUGUCCUGACCCCCGGCGGCCAGCACGCUGAGAGGCCGCGAGCUGCGCCCGGUGGCUGUGUGCGGGGCGGUCACUGCAGCCCAGCGCGCACUCGCCGGCCUUCAGGACGGAACUUUGGGCCUGGCCUUGGGGCUGGCCUGCCAUCUGCUGCCCCGGGAGCCCGGGACGGGGGCUGGGGACCUGGAGACGCCUGCACUGCUGGCUGCGCCCCGGGGGCAGGGCUGGGGUGAGCGUGGGCCCCACCGGCCUCCCUCCCACCCUCGCCCACCUGGACCCACAAGGCUGCCCAAGGAGGGGGGCCUGCGGGCCUUGCUCCUGAGAGCCCAUCCCGCCUCCUGUGAAGAAGAGAAGGAGGUGCUCUCCCUUCCGCCCCCAACUCUGAGCCUUCGGAGCUGCUCCUGGCAACACUCAGAGCCCGCAUCGUGACACGACUGCAUCUCGUUCUCCAAGUGGCAGCUCCUGCACCGAGGCUCCUCAGAUUGGUCCGAGGAUGGAAACGGCAGCUUUCAGAGAAGGCUGGGGCCCCGCGGUGUCCCUGGGGCUCCCCACGGGAGGGGCUGAUUCUGCAAGCCACCCCCCCCACCCCGCCCCCGCGUGUCCCUCAGGCUGCUCUCUGCCCAGGCUCCCGCACCAUGCCCCAGGGCAGCCGUCCCGCCCUGGGGGUGGGCCCAGAGGCCUAGCCAGCAGACACGGGGUGGCGUGGGUGCUCAGCCCCUGUUUACAGCCCAGGGAUGGGCAGCAGCCAGCCUGGGCCAGCAGGUCUGGGCGGGGCCUGAGGGCUCCAGGGCAGGUGCAGUGAGACUGGGGACUGGGCAGGUUGGAGGGUGGGGCAGAGAUGCCUCAACACGUGAAAUCUUAGGCUGGGACUCCUCUGAAAUCUUUAGCUUCUUCCAAAGAGCACAGAAACCUGUCAGAGGCUGUUACUUGAUGACGGGGGGCAAGGGUUCUGUCACUCACCCCCAAGGGUGGCCCUCGAUCGUGUGGCCUGCCUGUUCCCCACAGCGGGCACUGACCCCACAGUGCCCACUUGGGCUGGCGUCCUGCCCCCGUGUCUCUGCGUAGACCCAGCCCCUCAGGGAUGCUCGGCCGAACCAAACCUGUGGCCCCCAGCUCUUGGCCCCAUUCCGAUGCCCAGUGAUCCUAUCUCGAGACCCUCAAUCACAUCUGCAAAGACGCUUUUUCCAUAUGAGGUCACGAGCACAUGUUCUGGGUAGACAUGAACGUCUGGGUCACGCAGCAACUUCUCCGCAGGGGACCCCUGUAACCACAGGGACAGGAGCUUCCCUCCACCCCCUUGCUGCGGGGUGAGGCUGGGGGCUGUGUCCCCCUACCCUGGGCUGUUUAAAGCCAGCUGGGCUUUCUCCCCCCAGCUGGGCCUUCCGGCCAAGAAGGCGGCGGGCAGGACAUGCCUGCGGAGGCCAUGGGGGCAGCUGUUCUCGGCAGCGUCCUCUUCCUGGAGAGUGCCCCCCUUUAGCCCCGAGACCCCAGGAAAGGGCCCUGGCACCCCAGCCCCGACCAGCAGCGCUGCCCGUCGUUGCUGACGGCAGACGCCCUCUCUCUGGGGUCCAGGCACCCUGCUUGCUCUCUCUCUGCUCCUCCUGCACAUCUUCCCGCCGCCGCCGAGUACAGGUGUAGGUGCCCAGCCAGCCUUCAGGAGAACAGCCCCCAGGGGGUGCCUGACACACGGUCAACUCACGUGUUUGACGCGAAACCCUUACCGCCUCCAGGUACUCACACGCGCUCAUGGCGGCUCCCGGUGCCCCUGUGAGAGCCCCUCCCCCCUCCAGGCAGGGCCCCCACCCCCCGAGCUGCAUCCUGUCACGCGGGCGGGCGGGAGCAGCGAGGUGCGGGCCGCCUGCCCAGAAUCCGAGAGUCGGCUGCUCUCAGCGUGAUUGUUUCAAGAUGUGUCUACAGGGCCUCCGUGCCGAGAGUUCAUGCCCGUGGUCGCCGGGCUGGGAUCCGCUCAUCCUCUCCCCGCGCGCCUGGUGGGGGCAGCGCUCGAAGCCCAGCAGCUCUCCAACUCCGACCUGUGGCUUGCGGGGGUUGUCAGGGAUGCGGCGGCCUCUGGAGGUGACUCAAUGAGGGGCAGCCUCUCUGCCGGCCCGUGUCUGGGGAGCGGGGACCCUGUUCUGGGUGGCGAUGUCCAGUGCCCAGGGCGCUGUGCUGACCCUGCCUGGGUGCAGGGGACGCCUCGAGUGUGACCCACUGGCCACCUUUGGGGCGGGGAAGCCGUGGUCCCGCAGCUCCCAGGCCCACGGUGUCCCCGGAUGGGCUGCAGGCGGAUGGGCCUGGAUGCCAGAGCGAAGAAGCCGGCCACAAAGGGCCGCACGGCCUGUGAGCCCGCUUACACGAAACGUCCAGGACAGGCACAUCCACCGCCAGAAAGUGGGAAGUUCAUGAACAAAUGACAAAAGGGAAAAAAUCCAGAGCGGAGCCCAGGCAGGAGCCGUGGGUGCAGCGUCCGGGAGCCUCUCCUGGGGACAGCCGGCAACGGCCAUGUCUGCAGCGGAGGCUUGGGGAGCAGUGAGGACGCCCAGGUGGCCAGGGCCGGGCGCUGCCCCUGAAAGGGCGCGGGACAGGCUCACAGUGAGGAGGCCGGACCCCAAGCUGCCUCUUCCAACCGCGGUGGAAAACGGCAGAGCAGAAAGUCUGGAAAGAAGGCACCCGGCGCGCCGGAGUCUCCCGGGGGCAGGCCGUGGGCUACCCUCGCUCUUUCUUCGUACUUGUCUGUGGUUUUCAAAUUUCCCACCUGGGCCUGUAAUGCUGUUAUAAUCAGAAUGGUUUAUUAAGCCCAAUCUGCAUGUUUCCUCCUAGAAGAAUAGUUUCUAGUUGGUGAUA